AGAGACAGGCAGAGCCGGUGUUUGUGAUGCUGGCUAACCAGGAAGGGCGACUAUACCUUUAAGUGAAAGAAAACGAAACAAGAAGCAGUCAGCGGUAUCGCUGGAUCGCUUAGCUACUUAACUGGGUUUACAGGGUAUUUCGAUAUGAUAUUUGUCAAACUAAUUCUCUUGUUUUGCUGCCUACAAGACAUUACAGGUCAGUUUGGGAAGCCCUUGGACAAAUAUAUUAGCCACUAUGAGGGUUUAUCAUAUGACACAGAGGCCCUGCACAACAGUCACCAGAGAGCCAAGAGGGCACUCUCUCCUCAAGACAGGACCGUGCACCUGGAGUUCCACGCUCACGGGAGGCAUUUUAACCUACGAAUGAAGAGAGAAACAAGUUUAUUUUCCCCAGAUCUCGUCAUUGAGGUAUCAGGAGACGAGACACCCGUUGAUACGUCACAUAUUUACAGUGGAGAAAUCUUUGGGGAAAAGGGCACUCUGACCCAUGGCUCUGUGGUCGAUGGGCGCUUUGAGGGCUUCAUUAAAACCCACCAAGGGACAUACUACGUUGAACCCUCGGAGAGGUACCUAAAGGACAAGGAUGUGCCCUUCCACUCAGUCAUCUACCAUGAGGAUGACAUCAAUUAUCCUCAUAAGUAUGGCUCAGUGGGCGGCUGCGCUGACCACACAGUGUAUGACAGGAUGAGGAAGUUCCAGGCAUCUGCAGUAGAGGAGCCGGUCAAAGAGGGGAGCAGUGUGUCAGAGGAUGUGAACUCCCAUGGUCCUGUUAUUCUGAGGAAAAAGAGGGCGGCGGCGAGAGAGAAAAACACGUGCCAGCUCUUCAUCCAGACUGACCACCUCUUCUUCAAAUACUACGGCACAAGAGAAGCAGUCAUUGCCCAGAUCUCCAGCCAUGUUAAGGCCAUUGACUCCAUUUAUCAGGCCACAGACUUCCUGGGCAUCCGAAACAUCAGCUUCAUGGUUAAAAGGAUCAAGGUAAAUACAACAGACGAUGAAAGAGACAAAAGCAAUCCUUUCCGCUUUGCCAACAUUGGAGUGGAGAAGUUUUUGGAGCUGAACUCUGAGCAGAACCACGAUGACUACUGCCUGGCCUACGUCUUCUCUGACAGGGACUUUGAUGACGGGGUUCUUGGCUUGGCUUGGGUCGGGGCUCCUUCAGGAAGCUCUGGAGGCAUCUGUGAAAAGAGCAAACUGUACUCUGACGGCAAGAGGAAGUCUCUGAACACUGGUAUCAUCACUGUGCAGAACUACGCCUCCCACGUCCCUCCCAAGGUGUCACACAUUACCUUCGCUCAUGAGGUUGGACACAACUUUGGCUCUCCUCACGACUCUGGGAUCGAAUGCACCCCUGGAGAGUCUAAGCUGCAAGACAAAAAGGAGCAGGGCAACUACAUCAUGUAUGCCAGAGCCACAUCGGGGGACAAGUUCAACAAUAACAAGUUUUCUAUCUGCAGCAUCCGCAAUAUCAGCGCUGUUCUCACAAAGAAGAGAGACGACUGUUUUGUUGAGUCUGGCCAGCCUAUCUGUGGUAAUGGACUAGUGGAAGAUGGAGAAGAGUGUGACUGCGGCUACAGUGAUCAGUGUGCAGACCCCUGCUGCUAUAGCGCCAAUGAAGGCGAGGGCAAAAAGUGCAAACUCCAGCCUGGUAAAAUCUGCAGUCCAAGCCAAGGCCCAUGUUGCACAGCACAGUGUACUUUCAAGGGCACAGAUGCAAAGUGCAGAAUGGAGUCUGAGUGCGCCCAAGUGGGCAUGUGCAACGGAGGCACUGCUCUGUGUCCUGCCUCAGAACCAAAGGCAAACUUCACCUCUUGCCACUCAGAAACACAAGUCUGCCUCAACGGGGUAUGCUCUGGUUCCAUUUGUGCAAAGUACGGUCUGGAGGUUUGCACCUGUGCCAGCCAAGAUGAAAAGGAUGAAGCAGCAGAGCUUUGUCACGUGUGCUGCAUGGAGAAAAUGAAGCCCAACACCUGCAGCAGCACAGGCUCAGAUAAAUGGGCCCAAUUUUUCAACAGGAAGAUCACUACACUGCAGCCCGGCUCACCCUGCAAUGACUUCAAGGGCUACUGUGACGUGUUCAUGAGGUGUCGUCUGGUGGACGCCGACGGGCCCCUGGCAAGGCUGAAGAAAGCUAUCUUUAAUGCAGAACUCUAUGAGAAUAUUGCAGAAUGGAUAGUGGCUCACUGGUGGGCAGUGCUGUUGAUGGGCAUCGCUCUCAUUAUGCUAAUGGCUGGCUUCAUCAAGAUCUGCAGCGUCCACACCCCCAGCAGCAACCCCAAACUGCCCCCACCAAAGCCUCUGCCAGGUACACUGAGGAGAAGGCAGCAGCACGCAAACCAACAGGCACAGGGCCACCGUCACCCCCGUCAGCACAGAGAGAACUAUCAGAUGGGACAGAUGAGACGCUGAGACUCGGACGCUCUUUGCCUUGGUUCUUUCCUAGUGCCUAAAAUGGGAGCACUUCUCUCCAAAGAGUUACCUUUACCACCUAUUGCAAAAUUCAAAGAACUUGCAACUGGAUUGAUUUCACUGGACAAAGCCCAAAAUGUUUUUUGGGAGGCCUAACAAACUCAUUCAGCAUCUCUGGUCUGAGAGCCAGAUUAGCAGUGGUUCACACAGCUUUUAUAGGAAAUAACUUUUCCAAGGAAAGACAGGAGGAGAAAUUCACUGAUCUGUCGAUGUGUGGUCUUAAUCUUUGAAUGCUUUUUUUCUUUUUUACCAGAAUGGAGGAGAGAGAAGCAGCUUUGUGUUAGAGUCGCCCUCUUCUGUCCUUCAUCUGUGCUGACCUUUUUCUUUUCCCGUUCUUCCUCCCUGAAGUGCUGCCAUCAUCAGUACGAUAGCAGGACUGCAAGUCACAUCGGUAUUUACUGCCAAUCAAAAACAGCACUUAGUUGGUGGAAAAGUCUUUUUUUUGGCCAAUGUAGUUCGAUUGUUUAUCAUCAAAACACCAUCAAAAACUUUUUCUUUCUGAAACAUACGUAUUCUUUCAGUGUGCAAUUAUACAGAUGUUGCAGUAGGUUUUUUUUUCCUGUUUCAAAUGAAAUUGAUUUUCUUUAUGAUGAAGAUUAUUUACUGUUUUAAUUCACUUUCUCAGGAUUAAUAAAACAACAGCAAACAAGUGUAUUGAGCGGGGAAAGAUGGCUGCAUGCGUAUAUCAGGGCAAAGUCCCUCCUGGCUGAAGCCUGUGCAGAAGGACUCAGCUGCUGUGGGAUGUAGAGGAUGGACUGUAUGAGAAGAAUGUAGAUAAAUGAGCUUAAUGGGAUUAUUGUGUAAUCUAUUAUCAGAUGUUGGAGCUGUGGAGGGGGAGUGAUUAUUUGGAUAUGUAUAUUUCUUGUUGUCGAAUGGCUUUGCAGCUGUGUUUACAUAAAGAUAUAGUCUGGGGCUGAAAUAAAUGGUGAGAGAAAAGCUUUUUAUCAACCUGAUCGUAUCACACUUUUUUCUGUCUUUGCUCUUUUCCCCCAACAUUGUGCUUUGGCAUUGAUUUGUGACUAUAACAACCACUCUUUACAGUGUGUCUCUACAUUCAGAUUUAGGAGAGUGGCAGCAAAAAGGAGAAUGUGUUCACACUUUGGACACACAGAAGCCUUCGUAUGUAAGAAGUUAUUACACAAAAGAAAGGUCCCAUUGCUAUCAUCCUGCUCAUAUUUUCACUUAUUGUUUUCUGUCCACACUGGCAGUUGUUCAAGAAAUGACUAAAUCUAUUAUACCACUCAAAAGCAGUUAGAUCCUUUCUGUCACUAGAUGAGGAACCUUUCUGGCUUCAAUGUGAUUUUACUGAUUUUACUUGCAGUUCAGAUUAUUUGUAUAUGUGGAGGUAGUGAAUCGACUGAAAAAACUAGAGCUUCUAAUUUUAUUGUUGCUUUGUUGCUGCUGUUAACAGACAUUUACCUGAGUGAACAAUCACGAUGUGUCAGCCACCCAGUGCAGUUCUGUCCCUUUCUUUUCUCACUGAUGUUUUAUGAGAUUUUCUCAAGGACCUUUGUUACCCUUGUUAAACCUGCUUGGUUUGUGUAAUUGCAUUAAAAUGUGCCUACUCAGAGCAGUGCGACUGAAGGUGGAGUCAGUGAUGUUUACCCAGGCAGAAACCAUUCGAGAUUCAAUAUUUAAUUGCCGUAUCAACAUGGUUGAUUGGGAUUUGUCUUAGUGAGCUCACUUAAACAUAGACAAAGAAAGACAAAAUAGUAAAACCAUGCAUGAGCUGGCAGUUUAUCCAAACAGUUAUUAGUCUGGAUGGCUGAAACUGAAAGCUGAAAUGUUUUGGAAAUGAUGUGGUUUAGUGCUUGUCAAGUGAUGAUUUAUAUACAUUGGGCAACACAUGAAAAUCAAAUGUUACAAACACAAGUUGUUGAAUUAUAAUCCACUAUUAGGGCCUGAUUUUUAAGAGAUUAGAUUAGUAUUUACCUUGUGUUAAUGUCCAACUCUGAUUUGGCUCAAUUUGAGUUUUCAGUUGUCCCUAAACACUUGGGUCAACUUCACUGACAGAUGGAUGACUGUGCAGAGUACUCCCAGUAGACUUACUGGCAGAUUAUAAAAAAAAAUAUAUAUAUAUAUAUAAGUAUAGUUUCUUAGAAUUAUUUCAGGAGGGAAAAACUUGCAACAAAUACUUACUCUUGCAAAAGAGUUGUACGGACCGCAGCUGCAGCUCAGCAUUGUUUUCUGUGCAGUGUGUCAGGAUGUUAUCGAUCGGACUGAUUCUAUGCAGAAUAUCACAGAGCUCAACAGCAAACAAGUUAGCCUCUUCACAGAGAAAUGCCUUCAAUGUUUUCUCCUAAAUGAGUGCAUGGAAUAUUCAAUUGUGUUUUCAUAACAAAAUAGUUACUCAUGUCUAUGUGCUGCAGCGAAGUUUCUGAAAAUGCAAUCGUCUGUUGCUUGUUUUACUGAUUUUGUUUGUCUUUCUGGUGCUACUGAUAGUGCUUUUUCUUGGGUCUGAAUUUAAAGUAUAUUUUUCAUUAUUGAAUUUCAAAGCUUUGUGAGUGUGUUUGUGUGAGAGUGUAUGAGAGAGCUGCUUUGCUGAAUCAUCCUUUUGUUUAUAUGGUAAGGUGUGGACAAUACUGGGUGUUGGGAGAUAAUACUCUGGGAAAUUUUUUUUUCUGUCUUUGACAUGUGUUGCUAUGAUGUUGAGAUGUGCACUGAAGUGUAAGUGAUGUAAACAGAGAAUCCAAAAUGCUAUAGAUUUAGUACUACUGUCUGAUUUUAAUGUCGCCUGUGUUUUAUACAGCGUCUUCAAUUGUAUUUUUUAAUUAACAGUUUUUUUCUGUUUCCUAUUCUGCUUACUUUGAGAAUUUUACUAAAUUUGCAAAGUUAUUGUACAAAACUAUAAUUUCUUUUGAACUACUUGAAAUGCAUAAAUAAACCAGAGUUGAUCAAAUGUUUUA